AUGGCUGUAUUCUCAUCUUUGUCUUCAUUUUUCAGGAGAAAUAAACGGAAAUUGAUAAUUUCUACGUCACUAACUAUUACCUUAUACUUUUUAUUUGAUCAUUUCGUUAUCAAGAAAUUAAAAAACUUUCAAAAUUCCUUAAGGCAAGAGUUAAUUUUCAAAGAACAAAUCAAAAGAAGGUUUCUUCAAACCCAACAAGACUGUUAUUAUACAAUUCUCGCAUUGCUACCUGUUUUAAGUGAUCCAAUAAUUAAGCAUGUUCCCGUCGAGUUGAUAACACAGGCCCUAAAGUUGAAGAAAUCAAAUCAGAGUAAUCUCGAGAUGAGUGACUCCUUGUUGACAACUGACAAUUUAAGCUUGCAUGAGAAUAAUGACAAUUUAGAGUUGUCAAAAUACAUAAACAAGUCAAAAAAUGAAUUAUGGAAUGCCUUGAAAAUAAAGACGUUGACCAGGUCGUUAACUCUAAUUUACGCCUUAAGCGGAUUGCUUCUUAUUACCAGACUUCAAUUGAAUAUACUUGCUAGAAGAUCAUACUUAGAACUGGCAAUAGUAAUGGCGGGAGGAAAAUUACCCAAUGAUAUUAAUGAAGGGGAGAAUUAUUUAAUAGAGCAAAGCUACUUGUCACUCAGCUGGUGGUUAUUAAAUAAAGGGUGGCUCACAGUAAGUGAUACCAUUGAAGAGAUUGUAUCAAAAAAAUUUAGAAAAGUCAACGCAAGAACUGAGCUUUCUUUGGACGACUUUAAUCAAUUGCUUAAUGAAAUUCUUGAUGAGCUAUGUAUAGAAAAAAGAGAAGAAGUUUUUCAAUCUCUUUUUCCUAUAACUUAUGACAACUUAGUUGAGUCAUUACUCAAUACAAACCCUGAUUUGAUUAGAGAGUUAGAUGUUCGUGACUCAAAUUUGUUAAAGUUGAUCAAUGAGACAAAAUAUUUAAUCAAAACAGAAAUAUUCAAUGACAUACUAAUCAAGUUAUUACAUAAUGGAAAAUCAACUUUAAUCAAUAAUGUUGCGGUCAAUUUAAACCCCUCAUUACUAUUGAACAACUCAGAUAAGAUUGAAUUAAUCGAUGAUAAACCAUUUAAGCUAGCUAGUUUCUUAGCCCAAUUAUCAGUACAGAACAAUAUUUUAGUGGAUAAUAACUGUUUAGACGGUACACAGCAUAGCGAGUUGUCAGGUAAUGUUUUUGUAAACAAUAUGAAUGACUUGGAAGAGCUCGAUGAGUUUAGUGCAGGUAUAUAUUCGAAUUUUGAGUGA